UUUUUUUUCUUGGUUUCUGAAACAUAAUUUCGCAGGGUCGAUCUAAUAUUUCUUGCUGCGAUAGAUCCUUGUUGUCUCACCACAAUCUCCGUUCGAUAGAUCCAACCAAAAGCCUUAUCGCCAGUAUAUGCAUCUUAUAGUGUCUGGUUCCAAUCGAUAACCAAGUUGAAGGGUAUCAUCAUCUAUGGUGUUGACUCAUUGGUUGUUCUUCCCUGUGCAGAUUUUCCAUUCACAAUCACUGAUGAUGGCUUGGAGGAGAGCUUCCCAAGUUUGUAGCGGUCCAUUGUUAAAUAUUUUUUUGUUUCUUGUUGUCCAGAUUGCACAUAUAACUCAAGGAGACAAUGGUCCCUCUCCUUUACCAGUUGGUGCAAGAACACCAAAUCUUUUUCUCCCACCGAUCACCACCGGAGCUAUGGAAUCGCCGAUUACUCAAGCCCAUGUGUUUAGAUCGGAGUUUCUUCGUCUGCUUCAGAGUCGACGAUCACCCAAAGUUCCAUUAAUAGCCAAUUCUUCAAAUCCUGUCGAAAAUCCUCUCUUUCAAGCUGAUGUUCCUUCUACAAAAGCAAUAGAGUCUUGUCCAAAAGAAAACAUUGGUAACUUAAAAGAAAUGCUUAAAGAAGAAAACCUUCAUUUGCACACUGAGGAUUCAGAGCAAGGGAAAUUACCUUUACUUAUUUUAAGCUUGAAAGAGAGGACUAAAGUAAGAAGGCCCGCGAUUGUGUUUAUGCAUGGCACAAACACAAACAAAGAAUGGUUAAGACCAUGGCUUGAAGCAUAUGCUUCGCGGGGAUAUGUAGCCAUCGGUUUAGACUCUCGGUACCACGGUGAACGUGCUGAUUGCAAAACUGCCUAUCGAGAUGCUCUUAUAUCAUCUUGGAGAAAUGGAAACACAAUGCCUUUUAUCUUUGAUACUGUAUGGGAUUUGAUCAAACUAGCUGAAUAUCUUACUCAGAGGGAUGAUAUAGACCCGAAAAGGAUAGGAAUCACCGGUAUUUCGCUAGGAGGGAUGCAUGCUUGGUUUGCUGCUGCAGCUGAUACCCGCUAUUCCGUGGCUGUUCCUUUAAUCGGUGUUCAGGGAUUUAGAUGGGCAAUAGACAAUGAUGAGUGGGAAGCAAGAGUCAACAGUAUAAAACCUUUAUUUGAAGAAGCAAGGAUCGAUCUCGGAAAGAAUGUAAUCGACAAAGAACUGGUCGAGAAGGUGUGGAACAGAAUAGCUCCUGGCCUAGCUUCUAAGUUCGAUUCGCCUUACUCAUUACCAGUGAUUGCUCCGCGGCCUCUUUACAUCCUUAAUGGCGCAAAUGAUCCUCGAUGUCCUCUUGGCGGACUAGAAGUUCCGUUAAAGAGAGCUGAGAAAGCGUAUAAGGAAACUGCUUCUCCUGGAAACUUCAAGUUCAAAGCAGAAGAUGGAGUUGGGCACGAAGUGACGAGUUUCAUGAUCAAAGAAUCAUCAGACUGGUUUGACAAAUUCCUUAAAGAAGAAGAUAUGACUUGCGAUUAAACCGAUUGUAAUAUUGGUAAAAUUGUGAACUAAUAAGAAGAAUCAUCUCCUUGUAAACCUUACACAUGUGAAACUUAAUAAUGUAUUCACUCUCGCAAA